AUGAGUGAUAAAUUUCAUAAAUUGAGCAAUAAAUGGACGAUAUCUGAGAAAUAUAAUGCUAGUCAAAACUUAGAUUAUAAGAAAACUAUUGUAGAUAUAUGUUCUUUUUCAACUGUUGAAGAAUUAGGAUUUUAUAGGGAGAAAACUAUUUAUUCAAAAUUGUCUGAUAUUUUAAGUGAACCUUAAAAAUGCAAAAUGUAGUAAAUUUCUUUAUAACAAUAGAUUUAAAUAAUUUAAUGAUGAUAAUGCAGAUAGAAGCAAUUUAAUUUUUUUAAAAUGAUAUUAAACCCUGGUGGGAAGAUGAAAACAAUAAAAAUGGUGGAUUAAUUCAAUUUGAUAUUCCAAUACAACACCAGGCAGUUUAUGAUUCAAUUUAUUAGGAUAUUCUUUUAUAAAUCUUAGGAUAAGCUACACAAGAAUUUAGACAUGUGCGCUAGAUUCCUAAUUUAGAUUAAUGGGUUAAGAGUCUUGGAUAAAAUUAAUGCUAAACAAGAUAAUAGAAUUAGAAUUGAAUUAUGGAUGGAUAUUGAUCCAAAAGAUUAAGAUGAAUCUAUUCCUAAAUUAAUAGAUUGGAUUGAUAGUACUUUGAAGAAACAUAUAAUUGACAUUGAUUAAACUUAAUUUAAUAAAGUAUCUCAUAAAAAAUGA